AUGGGAAUCGUGUUCGGAGGACCAAGCUGCCAUUACGUUUCAGGAUACCUCAGAAAUUCCAGUGGAAAUUGUGUGAAAGUUGAAGACUGUCCUAAACCUUCCCGUGAAGUAAAUCCCUCUGACAAAUACAGCGAAAAUGAAUGUGGCCCGAUUGAACAUUUAGUUAAAAAUAAUCCUAGUUGUGAGCCAACUUGUUCCCAUCCUCGUUUAGUUAUCUGUUCAAGAGUAAGAUUUGGAGGAUCAGGCUGUUAUUGCAUUGAAGGAUACCUCAGAAAUUCCAAUGGAAAAUGUGUGAAAGUUGAAGACUGUCCUAAUAUUAAACGUGGUGAUAUCAUUUUCCCCGACAACUAAUUAGAUUUUGCUCUUACAUCAUCAACUAAAGUGCUAUUACUUUUAAAAAAUGUCGUUGUCGUUACUGUAGAACAAUAACUUGUAGAAAAAUUUCUACAGCUAAUUACCGUCUUGAAGAAAGUACCUACUGUAAGUUCUCAA